AUGGGUAUUACAGGUUAUAUAAAUUAUAAUGAAAAAAAUGAAGGAAGUGAUAAAAUAAUAAUAGAUAUGACUGAAAAAAUAAUUAAAAGAGGACCUGAUGGAACAAAAUAUUAUCACUCAAAAGCAUUCAAUAUACAUUUUGGUAAUACACUGUUGAAAACUAAAAAAGAAAAUUAUGCACCACAAUUGCUUGUAUAUAAAAAUGAAGAAAAUCAUUUAAUUAUUAAUUUCGAUGGUGAAUUGUACAACAAUAUAGAACUGGUUCAUUCUCUAUCAAAAAAGGGUUACAAUUUAAAUGAAAAUAGUUCCGAUGUUGAAAUUAUUUUGGCAAGUUGGUUAGAGUUUAAAUAUGAGGUGUUUUCAAAUCUAAAUGGAGUUUUCUCAAUAUCUAUUUUCGAUGAAAUCAAAAAACAACUAGUGUUGGUUAGAGAUCACAUCGGUAACAAACCUCUCUAUUAUUGUAAAUCAAAAAGCAAUGGUGGUUCAUUUUUAUUCACAAGUGAAAUCAAAUCUCUCUUUGUAGAUAAUUUAAUCGAGGCACAAGUAAGCCUAGAAACUUUAAAAGAACUUUUUAUAAAUGGCCCUAUUCAAACACCAGGAACUACAAUUUAUGUUGAUAUCUAUUCAUUGAAGCAUGGAUGCUACUUAGAAAUAGACUCAAACUUCAACAUCAAAGAAACCUGUUAUUGGAAAUUAAAAUCACUUCCUCUUACAGAUAAUUUAGAACAAAUAACUUAUAAAAUUGACUAUCUACUAUACAACUCUUUGGUUAAAAGAUUAAAAAGAGAUAAUAUAGACGAGCCAAUUGUAUCAAUGUUAUCUGGUGGUUUAGACUCAUCUGGCUUAGUAUCAAUGAUAUAUCAUAACAACUAUAUUAUCGAUAAAGAAUUUAAAAUUAAUACCUAUUCAGUCAAUCAAGACAACGAUGAAAAUAAAGAUCACCAUUGUACAACUUCUGAUGAAUACUGGGCUGAGAAAGUUUCAAAAUAUUUUUCUACCAAUCAUGAAACAAUAGAUAUUGACUGUGAUGAUUUAAUUCAAGAUCUAUUAGAACCAAUGCGUAACAAUGACUAUCCAACAGUUGGUGAAAUGGAAUCAUCAUUAAACCCAGUUUACAGAAAAUUGAAACAACACUCUAAUGUUGUGAUAUCAGGUGAAGGAUCUGAUGAAAUUUUUGCAGGAUAUAGCAGUUAUUAUAAAAAAGAAAAUUUAUUACAAAUGGACUAUUUCCCAUGGAUAAAAGACGAAUGGAACUUUCAUUUAUUGUUGAAAGAAGAAAUUAAAAAAGAAAUCAAUGUAGAUGAAUUUAUAAAAACCAAAUUUAAUGAAGCUCUAAAUGAACUAACAAUUGAUCAAGACGAGCUUCAUGGAUUAAGUGGUGAAGAUAAAGAAAUUAAGAUAAAGGAAAAACAACUAAACUAUUUAUUAAUAUCCAAUUUUUUACCAUAUCUAUUAAAUAGAUGCGAUAGCAAUAGUAUUGGUGCCCAUGCAAUUCAGGUUAGAAAUCCAUUUUUAGAUGUUGGCCUUAUAGAAUAUGUCUUUAAUAUACCAUAUGAAGUUAAAUCUAUUGACAACUAUGAAAAAGGUUUAUUAAGAAGGGUAUUCUCUAAAUAUUUACCAAAUGAUGUUUGUUACAGAAAGAAACAAUCCUAUCCAAGUAUAAAAGAAUCAAAGUACACAACCUACAUCAACGACUAUAUGCUUAAAAUAUUAGAUAGCAAUUCAAAUUCACCCAUUUUAAAAUUUGUUGACAAGGAUCAAAUUUUAAAAAUGAUAAAAGAUGAACAUAGCCAAAUAAAAUUUCCAGUUACAAGAAUGUUAAUGGAAUUCAUGAUCCAAUUUCACCAUUGGUUCAAAGAUUAUAACAUUAAGCUAAUUAAAUAA